AUUUAUAUAAGGUAUUUAACAACAUAUGUUGCCUAACGAUUGUAGAUUACUUAGGCAUUAUUCAAGCUGAAUAUGAAAACGAUUGUGUGAUGGAUAAAGCGAAUGCAAUGGAAAUAAGUAUUUUCAAAUAUUCUUGGUGAACAAUGGAACUAUACUUGAAGAGAUAAUGAAAACGCCUUGGAGUAUAAAGAACCAAGCUGAGUGCAUUAACAGCCUUGGUAGUGCUUCUGUCAUAGAAGAUGGCCUCUACUGCAAUGCGACAUGGGACACGAUAUUGUGUUGGCCUGCGGCCCGGGCGGGAGUCACAAUUCGCCUUCCAUGUCCACCACUCCCGGGCCUCGAUCCGGAUAAGUUUGGUUAUCGGACAUGCGGGUCGGAGGGACGAUGGGAGGGCAAGUUCCCGGGUGACUACAGCUUGCCCCGGGGAUACACGAACUACACAAACUGUUACACGCCUGAAACACUCGACCUCUACAAAAAGUUUUUUCUCAACAAAUCACCCGCUCAAAAACAGAUGAUGAAAGACGUUUUAAAUGCUACAAGGACGAUGGAAGUCGUCGGAUUAUGGCUGUCUCUUGUUUCAUCCCUUAUUUCAUUAUUCAUAUUUUGCUACUUUAGGAGCCUAAGAUGUCAUCGAACUCGGAUACAUCGAAAUCUAUUUCUGUCCAUCAUUGUUCAGGUCUUCAUACGUCUCAUCGUGUACGUGGACCAGUUCGUAGCUCGCAUGCAGGGAGGCGAGAUUGGCGGCACAUCUAGUGGCUCGAGUGGAGCGAUUUAUGACACGCCGGUGCUCUGUGAGAUCCUAUACUCACUAGUAGAAUACACGAAGACUGUCUCUUUCAUGUGGAUGUUGAUUGAAGGCAUGUAUCUCCACAACCAGAUAGCUGUCUCAGUCUUCUCCAAGAAACCAAACUACGUCGUCUUUUAUGCAAUGGGUUGGGGCCUUCCAAUCCCAGUAACGGUGGCAUGGUGUAUAACGCUGGCGUUCACUUAUAAAAGAAAAUGCUGGUAUGCGUAUUAUUUUCUCCCUACAAUUUGGAUUAUAGAAGUUCCGAGGAUACUAAUUAUAGCGAUCAACCUACUGUUUCUAUUGAACAUCAUACGAGUCCUGGUUUUAAAACUGCAAAACAGCCACACAAACGAGGCUCAAUAUAUAAAAGUCAGGAAAGCGAUCAAAGCCGCCUUGUUCCUUCUACCAUUACUGGGUAUUACAAAUUUCCUCGUAAUGAUCGAGCCUGACAAGGAACCGGUGAAGUUCGCUAUCUGGUCAUUCACAUCACAUUUCCUCACUACUUUCCAAGGGUUCAUCAUCUCACUUCUUUACUGCUUCUUGAACGGCGAGGUUCAAAUCACGCUGAAAAAGCGCUGGGAUCGAUUUAGGCAGCGUCGAAUGGUGCAUAAUUCUAGCUUUAGGCGCCUGAGCAGAUCAUUUUCUGUAUUUACCUCCCUUACCGAGGUACCUCAUUCAGCCAAUCAGAAUCGUGCACAAAGCACAACGUCUAAUGCUUCUUCGUUAAAUGGUCAUGGUGUACCAUUGUUAAGAGACAUCAUGGCGAGGCAAGAAUCCGGAGUGUAACCUCAAUGGUGAAAGACAAUAGUAUAACGCUGUCAGACAAAUAGAACAUUUCGUUUCGAAGAAAUGGAAAGGCCAAAAUUGAUAUGAUUACUUUCAUGUUAGUUGUUGUCAAAUGGAACAAAAUUGAGAAGGCGCUUUCAAAACAUAUGUGGAUUGUCUUCAUACGAGUAUUCAAUGCCACUAUGUUAUGGAUCUAAAUGUUCAACAUUUUAGGAGAUGGUAUCGUGUUAAAGCAUAAUAGUUUUUACUAGAA